AUGAUUUUGCGGAUAUUGUGGCUGAUCUGCGUGGCUUGCGCUCAGUAUCGCUAUGAUCCACCGAAAGUUAAAGCGGUGAACGCGAUGUGCUCAUCGGAGGGGAUCACCGCUUCACUCGAUUUCGAUCGAUCCUUCAAUGGGAAGAUCUAUUCAUUGGACUACGCGAAUGUGCACGAAUGCAUCUACUACAACACAAUGGACAUGGACACAGUUCUUUUCUCAAUUCCCGCGCAUCGAUGUGGCACAAAGCUUUCAAGAACCACCAGAAAUGUGAUCGAUCAAAUGGAAAACCGUGUCUAUGUGCAAAUGGAUAAAGACACGCAAACUGCUGCCGAUAAACAGUUUUCUUUCGUUUGUCAACUCGCCACCGUCGAGAAACCAAUUGCCCCAACAUCCAAUGAUCUCAUUCGUGGCUUGGAAAUUCGUCGUCAUCCCGUUUCAUACCCAUUACCAGCAAAGGAUACCUACGCGAGUCAAAACAACCCGGAAAACAACCCGGAACCUAUCCAUCCAACUGUUCAGCAUGCUCGUUCAAUGGAUGCAUAUGCCGCACCUCCUUUUCAAACAAACCUUCUACCUCUUGACACUCCGGUUUUGGCUCAGAUGGGCCACCAAGUGCCAACUGUAUCAGCUGUCUCCACAUCUUCAGCGGCUUUUGGUAAUUGGCCAAUACCUGGCUCAAUUGAGUACAAUCCGGGAGUGCCACAGAGAUCGAGUAUGCCGAAACUCCUCGCUCCUCAACCACUUGUCCCAUCUACUGUAUCAAAAUCGACUCCAGAUGGAAGUGCAUAUUCUGUUCAAUACAAUUCGAUUGAUGGUCAUAGUUUUGCGGAAAAAGAGAGACAGUUGUUGGGUAUUUCUCAAGAUGCUUUUACCAUGGCUAACUCGAUUUCCGGGAUUGAUGCUAUUCGGAAAACAUUGGCUUCUCGCGAGAAGGUGAGUGGAGUCGAUGCACUGCAAGCCCUUCGAGAACAACAGACAAGCGAGGGGAUUCAAUUCAAUCCACUUGUUGGAGUUGGACUUGAGCCUGCAUGGAAAGGAUCUACAGAGAAAAUUGAAGCAAAGCCUUGGUCUGAUGUAACUGUACCGUCAGCCUUAGCCGGUGAAGUGAUGCCAAAAACAGCUUUAUCGAUUGAUGAUCCACUUGGUCGUGGCUAUCCUCUACCACCAGUCAAACAGACUUCAGAAUAUAUCCAAUUGGCAAGACCUAUAUUUACUACAAGAGGCCCACCAGUAAACGCUGAGGUGCGACGGGCGCCUCCCAUUCAUCCGUUUGUACUUCCUCAUCCAUCGUAUCUCAAUCCUACAGUUUAUGCAACCCCUCCUCCUGAGGUUAGCGCGAGUGUUGAUGGAUACCAAGGAAUUCGUGAGCCCCCACAAAACCCACAUCUCUCUUUCACCAAUGAUCUCCCCGAAUCCCAGGAUGGAAGCCUAAAUGUGGAUCGUAUGAUUGCGACGCAAAAACAAGAAACAGUCAAACAAGAGGUUUUUCUUGAAAUCCAACUAGGAAAUGGUCCAAAUGCGCCAACUGUCGGCAGACCAGUGAAAAUCGGAGAGAAUAUAACGCUCGUUGUGCGCUCAAAGUCAAUGAGCUCAGAUCCAAAUGUUUACGAUAUGUUUGUGCAUUCGUGUUUCGCCACCGAUGGACCUGGUACAACAAAAGUUGAACUCAUCGACAAAUAUGGCUGUGUCUCGCGGCCAGCAGUUGUCUCUUCAAUGCAACGAAAGAAAGACUCGGCCAGUCAGAUUUCCUAUUUUUUUGGCAUCUCUGCUUUCAAAUUCCCUGGCCCGGAUGAUGUGUAUUUCUCAUGUUCGGUCGAGUUGACUCCACGAGAUCGAGCACCGGAAAUUUGUGCAAAAAAUGCGACUCGGCGAGCGAGGAGAUCGUCGGCAAUUGGACACAGGCUUUUCGAUAACGUGAAAAUUGAGUUGGAAGAUGAGUUCGAGAGAGACAAACGAGCAUCAGUUGUGCUAAAAGAAAGCGAAGAGUUGCACUGUAUGACUGGCGGAGUGCUGGGUGCACUCAUCGCUUUGGGUGUCACGGUGACGGCCGCGUUUUUCGUAUCUUCUCUCACCGCUAUUCAACUUCAUCUUCAACUUCGUUACCUCAAAAAACAAUCAUUUACC